GGCUGAGAGAGGAGCGUGAAAGACAGAAUGAGGAGGAGAGGAGGAAGAAAGCAGAGGAAGAGGCAAUGAUUCAAGCUAUGGAACGUGAGAAGGAAAGAAAGAGACAGGCGGAGAUGGAGAAACAGAAGGAGGAAAACUGGUUGAAGGGAUCAGACAGGUUAACGGAGGAGGUUCCCACAUCCCCCAACAUCAGCAACCAGACCAGUGCGUCUCCUGCCAGACCUACAAAGCCUGAGGUGUUGUACGACGAUUUCUCUGUGAAAGGGAGCAGGUGGGGCAGUGGGAAACAGACCUCCGCUGGCUCUUCCAUUUCCACAGAACCAGAAAGUGACCCAUUAGAGUCCCGGACAGACACGACCGGGCCUCAGGAACACCCUGGAGAGGAGAAGAGUCCCAAACCCAGACCAGAGCUGCUUCCUGUCCAGCUGUCAGGCACAAAACAGGCAGAGGAGAUGCCAUCCACACCAGAUGAGUGUUGUGUGGACCAGGAGGACGCUGGAGAGGGCCGGGACACUGAAGCUCUCUUAGGGAAGGAUGAGGAUGAGAAACAUUACGGGACAUGGAAUGAAGAGGACAGUGCAAGCCCCAGUGGCCAAUCACCACUUACACCAGAGUCACAUGACCUCUUAUCAGACUCCCAAGACAAAGAUCUCCAAGUGCAUCCAGAGCCCUUGUCUCCAACACAGACGGAGGGAGGGGGCCUACGGGUGACAGACGUCCUACAGCGGUUCACGUCCAGACAUAAGCCACUUGAGUCAGACAGCAGCCAAUCAGCAUCUGAGAACCCGUCUGUUGAAUCCGACUCUACGGAGAAGGCGGAGCCUCUAUCUUUCCCUGAGUUCACUGCCCCGAGUCUGGACUUCAGCGCCCAGCGAAACAGGGUGGUUCUGAACAGGAAGGGAGGUGCCAAGCGGGCCCUUCCCACCCGACCCAAACGUCAGAGCGCAGCCAUGCCCACUGUGACUGAGGUCGAUGGUCAGGACUGGAGGUUCUGUGACUCUACAGUUAGCAAAGAGCCGCUGGUGGAGUCGGACUCUGAGGAUGAGCGGCCAAAAGAUAAGGAACGCCGUCUGGCUCCGAGUCAGCCUCAGAGAGUGGCCCUGUUCCCUGGAAUGGAUACUUCGGCUCUUAUGGUCAAGCUGAGGAAGCGAGGUGGCAAUGAGGAGCCAGAGACGGCAGAAGGAGGAGGGAGGGGAGACACGGAUGGAGACCAGGCAGAUGCUCCUGCUCCGUCGUCCUCCCUGCUCUCCCGUUCUCCUCGCUCUUCAGCGGUGCCCGGUGGAACUCGAGUUCUGCCCCCGAUCGGUGCCCAGGACAGCGGGGGCACAUCCCCGCCCUCCUGGUUCAAACAGCUGAAGUCCAAGAAACAGAAGAACCCACAGGACAGCUAGGGCCAGCCCGCCACAAAGGGAAGGGACCUUAGUGCUUAGUCACCUCUCCACUGCUGCUGCUUCUGAAGACAGACACCUGUAAUGCUGCAAGGUCCAGUUAGAGGACCAGUGCCAUACUAUAAACCUGCUUUCACAUCAGGGAAACGGACGAGGGCGACAGACAGUAUGAAAAGCCCUAUCUACAGCAGACCUACAGCCAAUCCAUCGCUACUUACUCUAUUGCCUUGUCCAAUCAACUACUUUCCCAUUGCCUUGUCCAAUCAACUGCUCUCCCACUGCCCUGUCCUAUCAACUACUCUCCCACUGCCCU